CUUAAUGGCAACAGAGUCGUACUUCUGAUGGAAAUGCAAAUUAGACAAGAAUACUACCGCUGUAUCCCGUUCCAGGUUCCUGUCGUAAGCGUGGAAUCAGUAGCGUCUAUUGGCAUUCAGAUAAAUGGAGGAAGCACAUUCCUGAACAAGACAACAAAGAUCCUCAUCAAACCUCCGACUUCUCUGAUUAUCAUUCAGACGGAUAAACCCAUCUACAAACCAGGACAAACUGUGAUGUUCCGCAUCGUCUCUGUGGAUUCCAAUUUCCUCACCUACGGUCAGACGUUUCCGACAAUAGAAGUGCAGGACCCAAAUUUGAACCGCAUUGGUCAGUGGCUGAACGUCGCCACACAGAGCGGCCUUGUGGAUCUGUCAUAUCCCUUGAACUCUGAGGCCACAAAAGGAUUUUAUGUCAUCACUGUCCGGAGCCAGAAAAAUGAAGAGAACACACAAUCCUUUGAAGUCAAGGACUACGUUCUGCCCACGUUUGAAGUGACGGUCCAACUUCCUACAGUCAUAACCAUCCUGGACACACAGGCUACGCUGAAAGUGUGUGCUAAAUAUACAUACGGGAAGCCGGUGAAUGGGACGGUGAAGGCCAAAGUCUGUCAUAACAGCUACAGAUACUUCUGGAUCCCACCAGGAAGCACAACCCUACCAGACAUCUGCAAGGACUAUAUAUUCAAGACUGACAGGACAGGCUGUGGAGAAAUUGUCUUAAAUCUGAAUGAAUAUGCUUUAACUGAUUCACGCUAUCAAGGUGUAAUCAACGUUCAGUGUGAAGUGGAAGAAUAUGGCACUGGUGUGACUCUGCCUGCUUCAGCCAGCUCUUUGAUAUCAUCUAAUAUCGUGACCAUUUCAUUUGAGAAUUCACCAACAGUGUUUAGGCUCGGAAUGACGUAUGAAGGACAGGUUAAAGUGACCGGCCCAAACACCAGUCCAAUGAUAAAUAAAGUAGUGUUUCUGACUGUAAGUUAUGGUAAUGUUAAAAAUUCAGUCGAAAGGCUGGUUACAAAUGACAAAGGCAUCGCAAACUUUUCCCUCGAAACUCAAGAAUGGGGUAUGCAGCAAGUCUCUCUUCAGGCAGAGUAUGAAAUGACUAAAAGACCAGAUAUAAGACCAUUAUAUGUGACAAAUCAGCUCACACCAUACUACCCCACAGCCUACCUCUAUCUUCAGCCUUUCUACUCCAAGAGCCUGAGUUUUAUUAAAUUGAGGAGCAGCUCGAUGCCUUUCAGCUGUGAUAAAAAUACUGUGAUUGAAGCGGAGUACAUGAUACGUGACGAAACACGCAUACGAUCGUAUAUAUCCUUCUUCUACAUGGUGAUGUCCAGAGGACAUUUGGUUCAGCAAGGACGUCUUUUGGUGGCUAUGCCCUCAGGAAGAGUGGAGAUCAGAGGCACACUGUUUCUGUCACUGAGGAACAUGUUACAGUUGUCCCCGGUUGCUCAGGUGGUCCUGUACACAAUCCUUUCCAGUGGUGAGGCUGUGGCAGACAGCAUGAACUUCCCCAUUCAGCUGUGUUUGGCUAACAAGGUGUCUCUGAAUUUCUCACAAUCGUCUGAGCUUCCUGGUGCUAAAGUGUCAUUGAUCCUGAGAGCCACCCCAGGAUCACUGUGUUCAGUGAGGGCCAUCGAUCAGAGUCUGUUAUUGCUGAAACCGGAGAACGAGCUCAACACGGAAUCUGUGUUCAACAUGCUUCCUGUCCAGACGUUAUCAGGAUAUCCAUACAACAUCGAUGAUGAGGAUUCAUCCCAAUGCUCGGGGGACCCACCCAUCAUCAACAUAUUUGCAAGACUACGGCCAAUUUUUAUACCAACCUACGGAAAAAUCGACGUGUACAACACCUUUAAAGAUGUUGGAAUCAAGAUCCUCACCAAUGCCAUAGUCAAGAAACCUAUUGAGUGUUUUAUCCCGCUUAGGAAAACUGCAUCCACAGAUGCAGCCAUGGCUGCACCAGGAAUGGAAGCCAUGGUUGUCAAAGAUGUUUCAGCUACCUCGAGUCCAUCAACUGCUUCAGCUGCCCCAGUCAUUACGAUCCGCAAAUAUUUCCCAGAGACGUGGAUUUGGGAUCUCGUUUCAGUCAGUCAGACUGGAUCAACGACUGUUAUUAAAACGGUUCCAGACUCCAUCACUACAUGGCAGGCUGGUGCAUUUUGUACAUCAUCUGUUGGGUUCGGAGUCGCACCGAAAACCCAGCUCACUGCCUUCCAGCCUUUCUUUGUGAGCCUCACCAUGCCGAGCUCCGUCAUUCGAGGAGAAGUGUUCACGCUCAAAGCCACCGUCUUCAACUACCUUCAAAGCUGUAUGAUGGUGAAGGUGAGUUUGGCUGGCUCAAAUCAAUUCUCAGCACAAGUGUGUGAAAAUUGCCGUUACACAAGCUGCCUGUGUGCUGACGAGAGCCAGACCUUCUCCUGGACCAUCACACCACUGGUUCUGGGGGAGGUGAGCAUUAAUGUGACGGCAGAGGCUGUGAGAUCAUCGACUCGGUGUGGGACGAGACCGGUUACUGUACCACAGAAAGGACGCAUCGACAUGGUCAUUAAAACACUGCAAGUGAAGGCUGAGGGAACCAAACUAUGUAAAAGCUACAAUGAACUUCUCUGUCCAGAUGGUAUUGUUCAGACGACUGUCUCACUGAUUCUGCCUGAGGUGUUCGUGGAAGGUUCAGCCAUGGCCUCAGUCUCUGUCCUGGGAGAUCUGAUGGGCCGAGCUCUACAGAACCUGGCGAGUCUCCUGGAGAUGCCGUACGGCUGUGGAGAGCAAAACAUGCUGCGCUUUGCCCCCAACAUCUUCAUCCUGCUGUACCUGGAGAGCACCAACCAGCUCACGCCCCAGAUCAGGAGCACAGCCGAGACCUACCUCGUGAGCGGAUAUCAGAGAGAACUGACCUACAAACACACUGAUGGAUCUUACAGUGCUUUUGGGAUGAGUGAUCGAUCAGGCAACACAUGGUUGACGGCGUUCGUGAUGAAGUCUUUCGGAAGUGCCAAGAGAUACAUCUUUGUAGAUCAGAUGUUUGUAGAUCAGGCGAAGGCCUGGCUCGGUCAGCAGCAGCAGGCUAACGGAUGCUUUGCCUCAGUGGGACAACUCUCCAACAAUGCCAUGAAGGGAGGGGUGAAUGAUGAGGUGACUCUCUCGGCGUACGUUGCAGCUGCAAUACUGGAGCUCAAUUAUACAAGUGCAGAUCCUGUGGUGAACAGGAGUCUCGCGUGCCUGAGGAAUGCGUACACUCAAGUGAACUCCACCUACGCCAAGGCUCUCCUUUUCUACGCCUUCACUCUAGCUGGAGAUCAGGCGAUGAGGAACACGCUCAUCUUAGACCUGGAUGCAAAGGCCAUAGUCUCAGGGGGCAGGAGGUACUGGAGCAGAGUGAAUGAUGGGUCUGUGAUGGACUCUUUGGAGGUGGAGAUUACCUCGUAUGUGCUUCUGGCUCUGAUGUCUGGACCCCAGCUCUCCGGGUUUGGCCUGGGUUACAGCGCCAGCAUCGUCCGUUGGCUUUCUCAGCAGCAGAACCCCUUUGGGGGUUUCAGGUCUACACAGGACACUGUCGUGGCUCUCCAGGCUCUGUCAAAAUACAGUUUCACCACCUACCGUCCAGCAGGAGAUGUUAAUGUUACUAUAACAUCACCAUCAGGGGUGAUUAAGAAGUUUACCAUCAAUCAGAGUAACAGGCUGCUGUAUCAGGAGAGUCAGCUGCAGGAGGUUCCUGGAAAUUACAACGUCAAAGCAAAAGGGAAAGGCUGUGUGUAUGUGCAGUUCACUUUGUGCUACAACAUCCCUCCUCCUCCUGACCACACUUCAUUUACUAUCUCAGCUUCAGCAUCUGGUAAAUGCAGCAUCCCAAAUCCAUCUCUGGAAGUGAAAAUUACUGUCAGGUAUAACGGUCAACGAUUGGAGACCAACAUGGUGAUCAUUAACGUCAAGCUUCUGUCUGGAUUCAGUGCGGAUGGGACGUCUGUGAUGCUUGUGAACAGCAGUCCAGAUUCGACUGAUGGAUCUGUGAACAGUGUGGAACAAGCUGAUGGUGAAGUCAAUAUCUACCUGAAUGGACUGAAAAAAGGAGUGGAGAAGGUGUACACCCUGAGGAUCGUGCAGGACAUUGCAGUGGAGAAACUGAAACCAGCCGUUGUGAAGGUUUACGACUACUACGAGAUCCGUGACUCGGCUGUAACUGACUACACCUCACCAUGCACUUAAUACAGAAAACGUGCACUUUAAUCCAUCAUCUCUUUUCCUUUUCACUUUUUUCUCCAUAUUUUACUUUCAUCUACAGUAAAACUGCAAAUUCACAAAAGUUUAGUAAGUACUUAAUGAUAUCUGUCUUAAGUGAAAAAAAAAAUUUAAAGUCUGUCAUGUUAUUAUGAUCAACUUAAACAUACAGUACAUCUUUUGUUGUGAGUGUAACGGACACAAUGCAGGAGAUUUCAACUUUGUACAUGUCUAUAAUACUACUAUGUACUAAAAUUCUUUGCAUAUGUACUGUAUACUGUUGAGAUACUGUAUACGUUAAAAAUUCCUGUUUCUUUAUAUUGUAGAUCAUCUACUUAAAAAUCUUUAUUCUGCAGAUGUAAUCACAAGGCAAUUCAUGAGGUGCUGAGCAAAAAUAUUAAUAAAAUGAUUAAAUGUGUCGAUCCUGAGCAGCGCAGCAGAAAUGUCUUCACCGUAUUGUUGAGAUUUAGAAUUUGAACUCUGACAUGAAAAUUCCAUACAACAGAUAAACGUGUGUACAUACAGUACAUUUCCUCCAGCUCCAGUCAUCAUUAUUCUCA